AUGGUCAGAAGGAUGCAGGGAUUAGUCAUCGUUGCGGCUAUGACCGUUCUGGCCGCUCUCGGCUUACGAAAUGAUUUCUUCGAGGGUUGCAAGGAGAUUGAACGCGACGCCGAAACCCAACCGGAGUGUGUUUAUGUGCCGCCUGUUUGGAUUGAAAACGAGCCCGUCCGGCGGUUUCCCUACGUGGCACUUCGAAAGAACCCUUUUCGGAGCGGCGGCUACUACAACACUGUGUUGAACUUGACGCGGGCUUCGAUCCGGCGGAUCUUCAUGGAAAAAGGCAUACGAGUCGGCGCGUUCGUGGAAUUCACAACUGUCCGGAGCAGCUGCAAGGUGACCAAUACGCCCGUCUACUCGGAGAAGCUCUGUCGACCUACCAGCAACAAGGUAAAUGGCUUGUGUCAAGCAGGGUUCGAGUUUCAUAAGCCACAUAGAGUUCUGGCGGUGGCAUGUCACAAGUUUCCAUGAGCCUAAAGGACAGCACCUGACGUCUUCGUUCUUGCGCGCAUUGCAGCGAACAUGUUCAACUUGUGACUACAUCAUUUACGUCUUUGUUCAUUCGCGGCUUUAGACAUCACCGUGAAGUAAUAUCAGAUGAGCGAGAUUUAAUGAAAAAAUUGUGUACGUUGGAGAUUUGGUUAUA